AUGGCCGCAUCAGCGAAGCAGGUUGGCGGCAUAGAUGCCGUGCUGUCUGUGGGAGACAACUUCUACCUGCGUGGAGUGGUCGAUGAUUCCGACCUCAACUGGCGCUACAUGUUCGAGGAUGUUUAUCACCACGAGGAGCUGCACGUUCCCUGGAUCAAUGUGCUUGGCAACCAUGACUAUGGGGGCCACGAGUGCGACGGAUGCCUGAUUGAAGGUGGCACAGGAGGCUGUAGUGGCGCGCAGAUGGACUAUGACAACAACAAAACUUGGGAAUUCCCAGCUGAGAAGCAGAAGCGCUGGGUGAUGCCCAACCGCUUCUACAAAAAGCGCUUCAAGUACCAGGAUUUCAAGAUCGACAUCUUUGCCAUUGAUUCCAAUCGCGUCAACCUUCACUCUCUGUGCCAUGGACAGUCGCAAAUCACAAGUGAGAAAGAGUGCAAUGAAGCACAAUGCCAAGAUUUCCAUGUGAAGCUUGAAUCAGAGCAGAAAGCAUGGCUGGAGAGGGAGUUGCCCAGAUCAGAUGCGCAGUGGAAGUGGGUGAUAGCCCACCAUCCCUGCGAGAUGCUUGGUCCAGCACUGUUGAACUUCUUUGUGAAGCAUGGCGUUUCGUUGGUGCUGGCUGGACACGUCCACCAGCUGCGUAUGGACAAAGUGGGUGACCUGAUUUGUGGGAUCACUGGAGCCGGCGGAGGCUACCAGUGGAACGGUGGAGGACACAUGUCCUACACGGUGCACCAACGCGGAACGCCUGACUACGGCUUCAUCCUGCUGAAGGCCACCAAAACUGAGCUAACUUUGCGGUAUCUCAACGAUGAUGGCGAGGCCUUGUGGAGCGACGUGACAAUCAGUCGUGAUGCCAGCAAAGAUGUAGAGGAGACGACCACAGUCCCAAGCACCACCAUAACCACCACUACCACCGCCGCUUCAACAACCAGCGAAGCCAGCACCAGCACCAGCACCACAACCAUAACCACCACACCCGCGGCAACCACGUCCGGGGCCAAAACCACGCAAGAUGGCGAGGACACUGACGUCACAACGAGCACAACGAGCUCAAUCUCCCAAAGCACCACCACCACCAGUGCAGCCACUCCCACCACCGCAACGAUCAACGAGACCACCAGCAGCACUUCCAGCACUCCGCCAGGCGGAGGGUCUCCUCAGCCUAUCCUGCCACUGGCUCCGGAGGAUGAGGCCGUCUUAGACCUGAUCGAGGACGAGGAGGACAAAGAGCAUGACACCGGCCUGCCUUGCCACUGGAGGGACUGGGAGGACAGCGCGUGCGACAGCACCUGCGGGGUCACAACCCGCGCGCGUAGACGUUGGCAAGAGCCGCUGGAAAAUUGCCAGGAGUCGGAAGUGGUGCAUGUUGCUUGCACCCUUGCCCCCUGCAAUGCUUUCGAAGGCCGAAGGCUUGUGAAGAUAGCGCUGCCAAGCCUGCUGGCACUGGGCCUUCUUGGCCUUUUGGCCAAACUCCUGCUGGUUCGGGCUCGCCGGCUUCCAGCAGGAGAAGCUGCUGAUGACCCCAGGGCCAUUGAGCUGACGUGA